AAUCAAUCUUACCGUGUAUCCACCGCGAAAAUGAACCAAGUCAAGCAUUGGCGGGUUACAUACAACAAUAUUCACAAUCUGAUUCGCAAGAAUACUCCAAAGGUUGCAGAAGAAUUUAAUCCAGACUUGCUUGUGGCGAUUGGCGGUGGAGGCUUUUUCCCAGCGCGUGUUAUGCGCACCUUCCUUCGCGAACAAACCGACAAAAAGGCACUGCAGAUCCAGGCAAUUGGCCUAUCGCUGUACGAGCCCGUAGAAGGUGGUACGGCUGAACAGAUCGGACAAGAGGUCAUACGAACACAAUGGCUUGGCCCCGACGCAGGCAAGCUCCUCGUCGGCAAGCGCACCCUCAUCGUCGAUGAGGUCGACGACACCCGUAAAACACUGCACUACGCCCUAUCCGAACUGCAAAAAGACGUGGACAAGGAACUCGCAUCGUAUCCCGAGUCAGAACGCGACGCUCUUCGAGCAGCGACCCAAUUUGGCGUCUUUGUCGUGCACAACAAGCUCAAGCCCAAGCUCGCAGAGUUGCCUGCCAGUCUUCCGUAUUAUGCCGGUGAAGAAGUAGGCGAUGUUUGGCUUGAUUACCCUUGGGAAAUGAUAGAUAUCGAAGAGCACGACCGGCUAGCCGGUACACAGAUUUAAUGUAAAUUGUAGACAAGAUAAACUUUUUUUCUGAAUAAAAUAGACUUUAUGUGGG